AUGGAUUUUGGGUGUUUCCUGCUGGAUUUUGGGGGUCCCUGAUGGAUUUUGGGGCCCCCCAGGAUGGCUCAGAAGGAGAACGUGGCCCCCAGCCUGACCAAGAGUUUGGUCCCUCCCCCCCUGCGGGUGCCCUGCAAGGACCCCCCAAAUUCUGAGCCCCCCGGGAAGGCUCUGACAGGAGCCGGGCGGGUGCCUCUGGAGCCCAACGCGCUGCCGGCCCCUCCCCCACCCGUGCGCACCUUCUCUCUGGAGGACUUCGAGGUGGGGCGGCCGCUGGGCAAGGGCAAGUUCGGGAACGUGUACCUGGCGCGGGAGCGGCGCUCCGGCUUCCUGGUGGCCCUCAAGGUGCUCUUCAAGUCCCAGGUGGAGCAGGAGGGCGUGGAGCACCAGCUGAGGCGGGAGAUCGAGAUCCAGGCGCACCUCAGGCACCCCAACGUUCUCCGGCUCUACAAUUACUUCCACGACCGGCGCCGCGUCUUCCUCAUCCUGGAGUUCGCGCCCCGCGGGGAACUCUACAAGGAGCUGCAGCGCUGCCGGCGCCUGGACGCCACCCGCACGGCCACGCUGAUGGAGGAGCUGGCGGACGCGCUGCUGUACUGCCACGGGCGCAAGGUGAUCCACCGCGACAUCAAACCCGAGAAUCUCCUGCUCGGCCUCAAGGGGGAGCUCAAGAUCGCCGAUUUCGGCUGGUCCGUGCACGCGCCCUCGCUCAGGCGCCGCACGCUCUGUGGCACCCUGGAUUACCUGCCCCCCGAGAUGGUGGAGGGCGGCGGGCACGACGAGAAGGUGGACCUGUGGUGCCUGGGGGUGCUCUGCUACGAGCUGCUGGCCGGGCACCCCCCCUUCGAGAGCCCCUCGGCCGCCGACACCUACCGCAGGAUCACCCAGGUGGACCUGCAGUUCCCGGGGUCGGUGCCGGGGGGCGCUCGGGAUCUGAUCCAGCGGCUGCUGCGGCGCCUCCCGGGGCAGCGCCUCCCCCUGCGCGGGGUGCUGGGGCACCCAUGGGUGCGGGAGCACUCCCGACGGGUGCUGCCCCCGGGGUACUGCCCACCCUGACCUCUGACCCCUGUGUGUGACCUCUGACCCCCGUGUGUGACCUCUGACCCCUCCGGACACUGACCACCCAUCACUGACCGUCCCCCUGCGCGGGGUGCUGGGGCACCCAUGGGUGCGGGAGCACUCCCGCCGGGUGCUGCCCCCCGGGUACUGCCCUCAGUGACCCCUGUGUGACCUCUG